AUGACGGCGUUGACGCGCAUCACCUCGUACAAUAUUCUCGCGCAAUGCUACGUACGAAGCUCUUACUUUCCGCACAGUCCCUCCUCGUGUCUCAAAUGGAAGGCGCGCAGCCGCAACCUCGUCAACGAGCUCGCUGGUCUCGACUCUGACGUCCUCGCGCUGCAGGAGGUUGACCAGUACGAGGAGUUCUGGCAGCCGUGGCUCGUGGAGCGGGGAUACGACGGGGUAUACAAAUGCCGCACGCAGCUGACCAAGUCCAAGCGUGAUGGCUGUGGGCUGUUCUUCAAGCGAGACAAGUUCGAGCUGCUCGCGAGGCGGGACAUCGAGUACAACGACAUCGCAUGGGGUCGGCCGGUGGGGUACGUCCACCCCGAGGGGAGCCCGGAGCCCACGGAGGCCCCGGUCGACGCCGACGGGGGCGCGAACAAGUACAUCCGAGAUUGCGUCGGCGUCCUGGCGCUGCUCAGGUCAAAGACGGCGACGGACGGGUACGUCAUGGUGGCGUCCACGCACCUGUACUGGGAUCCCGCGCACGCGGACGUGAAGCUCGCGCAGGCUCGCAGGCUCCUGGGCGAGGUGGAGCUGUUCCUCGCGUCGAACUCUCCGAUUGGCUCGGUGCCGGUGGUGACGGCUGGGGACUUCAACUCGGUCCCGGGCAGCGAGGUGCACUCCGCCAUGCUCGGAGGCUUUGGCGGGAGAAGGUUGAGGAGCGCGUACGCGGCCGCCAUCGGGGAGGGGGUGGUGCGUGGCGCGGACGGUGGCUCCGAUUCGUCCGUCGCCGUGGGGAAACACGGGGAGCCCGCGCACACGAACGUGACCCCGGGGUUUACGGAUUGCAUCGAUUACGUGUUCGUCGACGACGGCGUCGCGGUGAGGAGCGCGAUGCCGCUGCCCGGGAGGGACGAGGUGGCGACGGGCCUGCCGGACGCGACGCGGGGCAGCGAUCACCUGCCGCUCACCGUCGAUCUCGAGCUUUGGAGUCGUUAA